GCCAGUGGUAUUUUGAGUUCGAAUGGGCUAUAUGCGCAUAGUCAACUGAUAGUGCGCCAGACAAAGGCCCCAUUUCGGUCUGGUUGCCACUUACCUUACCUUCCAGACCAGCCUUACGCUGACCUCUUCUCACUUAUAUAUCAGUUCCAAACCCCCCCUCAACCUCAGGUUUCAGCUGGACCAGGUCACCCAGAGCAUCCACCAUAAUCCAAAAAUGUGUGGACUCACAGCUUUUCUUGCUCUCCGCGAGAGCCCUAGCUGCCAACAUGAUGAGAUGAUGGGCGCUCAGGGCCUUAAGAGUAAGAUUAAUGACAGUCUGGAUUUGAUUAAACAUCGAGGUCCUGACGCGCGGGGGCAAUGGUUCAGUUCCGACUAUCGGGUUGGUCUUGGACAUGUUCGACUUUCAAUCAUCGAUCUCAGUCCCGCAGGAAACCAACCAUUCCAUGACCGUGACGACACUAUCCAUGCGGUCGUGAACGGCGAGCUUUACGAUUAUGAACGCAUCAAGGCUGAGCUGGCCGAUGAAUACGACUUCAAAAGUAAAAGCGAUUGUGAGAUCGUAAUUGCUCUCUACAAACGUUACGGGGAGUCAUUCCUCUCGCAUCUGAGGGGCGAGUUUGCUCUAGUACUCUGGGAUGCAAAGCGGCAGCUGUUGAUCGCUGCCAGAGAUCGGUAUGGGAUCAAGUCUCUCUAUUAUACGGUCGUGGGUGGAAGAUUACUGGUGGCAACGGAAAUGAAGUGUUUCCUGCCUUUUGGAUGGAAACCAGAAUGGGACGUCGUCAAUCUCAGGGAGAAGGGUUGGACCUAUGGGCCACAGAUGUACUUCAAAGGCGUGCAUAGAGUCGGGCCUGGUCAAUAUCUCAUGAGCCAAGGCUUCAAAGCGGCUCAGGUAAAAACGUACUGGGAUCUCAACUACCCCGAUAAACACCACAUAUACCCACACUCAGAAGCCGAGACAGUAGCUCGAGUCCGAAAGCUAUUACUUGAGUCGUUGCAACAUCGACUCCGUGCUGACGUCAGUGUGGGUGUGUUCUUGAGUGGAGGUCUAGACUCCUCAGCCAUUGCGGGCAUGACUGCACAUAUUAUCCGCCAAGGACAGAGCCUAGGGAAUGAUGCCAGCGGUAAAAUCUCCAAUUUGAGCUGUUUCACGGUCCAGCUGGAAAAGGACAGUGGCUUGGACGAGUCAGAUAUCGCACGACGCACAGCAGAAUGGCUAGGCGUGGAUUUUCAUCCGGUACUCUUGGAUGAACAGACUAUUGCUUCAAGACUGGAGGAUACAGUAUGGCACACAGAAACACCUAUUCCUGAUGUAAAUGGGAUGGGGCGAUUGGCUCUUGCGGAGUCUGCUCAUGCGGCAGGGAAAAGAGUUAUCCUCACCGGUGAAGGGUCCGACGAACACUUCUCAGGAUAUGCAGACUUCUUGUGGAGUUACCUCCUUGAGCCAGACCACGCAUGGGCCUCAUCUCCAGACAUUAUGGCCGAACCAAAGAAGAUGCGGAAAGUAGCCGAUGAGCUAAUUGCAAACGGCUUUCUCGGAGCACUUCCUAGGUCCACUGAUGCGGAAGCUGCACGAAAGCUAAACAAAAGCUCUGUGUUUCCCAGACUCGACGCGGUCUUCCAGCCACCCUUCCAACAAUGGGUCUACAAAUACAGUCAUAAUCGCCCAGAGAUGUCCUUUGCCGAAAGUCUUCGCGAUAAAGUUCUUGCUAAUAUGGCAACUAAAUGGCAUCCGCUUAAUUCGUCUCAGUACCAGUGGGCCAAGUGCAUGUUGGCCAACUACAUUCUCCGAUACCUAGGUGACAACAUCGAUAUGGUAUAUCAAAUCGAGUCGCGGCCACCCUUCCUCGACCAUCAUCUCACGGAAUACGUGAACCAGAUUCCGCCAAGUCUGAAAAUUAAAUACGACCCGGUGAAAAAGACCUUCCGUGAGAAACACAUUCUCCGCGAAGCAAUGAAGCCUUUUAUCACUGAGGAAGUUUAUAAUCGAACCAAGCAGCCUUACGUCGGCCCAACCAAGUACAAGAGAAAGGGACCAGUCUAUAAGAUCUUGAAACGAUUAGUUACAGAGACAAAUGUUGAAACGCUCGGGUUCUUGGACUGGCAUAGAGUGCAGGACGAUUUCGUGAGAGCCUUUCGAGACCAUGAUACACUUUCCUUCAAGAAUACUCUAAUGGUAGCCCAAUUGGUCGUUCUCGGGAAACGAUUCGGGGUGAAGACGGCAGAAGAUCCUCAGAAGGCCUUGCCUACCUUUGAGAAUACGGGAAGUGUGAUGCUUAGGAGCAGGUUGUAAUAACAUCCACUGGGAAUUGGCGUCGUGGCUGCUGAUUUGGCGUCUCUGAACCUGUGGCAUUCGGGGGUGCAAAAUCGAGGAUAUUCCUCCAGUGAUGGAAAUGACGUUAUGAUAAUAUUAUGGCUGAACGAAACCAUUUGACGAGCAGGACUUUUGUAUCUUCAUGGCCUCGAGACACCGCGGGAUCCGGGACAGCGGGAGCAAGACUCCAGAUUAUGC